AUGGUUCAACUCAACAACGCCCUCGCGGGCAUCAUCGUCGGCGCUGGCGCCCUUGUUGCUGCUGCUCCCGCCCCGGCCCCCACCGCUGCCCCCAACCUCAAGGAUGCCCAGAUUGGCAAGCGCGCCGACUCGUGCACCUUCACCGAUGCCUCGGCCGCCAGCGCGUCCAAGGCCUCCUGCGCCACCAUCAUCCUCAGCGACAUCACCGUGCCGGCCGGCGAGACGCUCGACAUGACCGACCUCGAGGACAACACGUACGUCGAGUUCCAGGGCACCACCACCUUCGAGUACGACGAGUGGGAGGGCCCGCUCGUCUCCUUCUCCGGCACCGGCAUCACCAUCACCGGCGCCUCGGGCCACGUGCUCGACGGCAACGGUGCCAAGUGGUGGGACGGCGAGGGCUCCAACGGCGGCGUCACCAAGCCCAAGUUCUUCUACGCCCACUCGCUCAAGCAGUCGACCAUCAAGGGCCUGAACAUCAAGAACACGCCCGUCCAGUGCAUGUCCAUCAACGGCGCCGAGGAGCUCUACGUCCAGGACAUCACCAUCGACAACACCGACGGCGAUGCCACCAACGACGACGGCGACGCCCUUGGCCACAACACGGAUGCCUUCGACGUCGGCUCCUCGACCGGCGUCUACAUCUCCGGUGCCAACGUCCAGAACCAGGAUGACUGCCUUGCCAUCAACUCUGGCGAGUCCAUCUCCAUGACCGACGGCUCCUGCUCGGGCGGCCACGGUCUGUCCAUCGGCUCCGUUGGUGGCCGUGACGACAACGACGUCAAGAACGUCACCAUCUCGGGCAUGACGGUCAAGAACUCGCAGAACGGCGUCCGCAUCAAGACCGUCUACGACGCCACCGGCUCCGUCUCGGACGUCACCUACUCGGACAUCACCCUCUCGGGCAUCACCAAGUACGGCAUCGUCAUCGAGCAGGACUACGAGAACGGCUCGCCCACGGGCGAGCCCACCGACGGUGUCCCCAUCACCGGCCUCACCAUCGACGGCGUCACCGGCUCCGUUGAGGACGACGCGGUCCCGGUCUACAUCCUCUGCGCCGACGGUGCCUGCAGCGACUGGACGUGGUCGGCCGACGUCACCGGUGGCGAGGCCUCGACCGAGUGCGAGGGUGUCCCCGACGGUGCUUCUUGCUAA